CCACCACUGUUGCUUUAAGCUCCUGUUCCUGUUCCUGCAGACCAAGGUCAAGACGUGUCGAGAUCCGUUAUAUGAACACAGAUUUGCCUGUCAACCAUAUUGUGCUCAUGGGCCAGCCGGACCCCUCUGCGGUGGUUCAGUCCAUUAGUUCGGUCAUGUACAUGCUGCCAGCACCUCCGCCUCUGCCAAAUUACAGUCCAGUACCAACUAUACCCCCACCAGCCUACGACCAGGUCUCCGCUGCACCUCCACCAAACUACAGUCCAGUCCCAAGUGCUCCUCCACCAGCAUAUGAGUGUGAAGAUUCACAGACCAGAAGGUGAACCGGAUCUCAGUUGGUGUUUACACAUUGGAUUAUGGCAAAUGGAAAACAAACAAAAAAAAAUUGUAUAAAUGUGUAAAUAAUUUAUAAAUAAUAUCACAAAAUUAUUUUUGAAAACCAAAUAUGUGAAUGCUUGUUGUAAAGGAAUGUUGUCACAUAAAAAUUGUAAUAAAACCAGUGAAGUCAAAAA